AUAAAAGCUAAUUGCUAAUGUAUUUUUCAUAUUGUUCAUGACUGGUCAGUUCUGGCGUCCCCAUAACCGGGCCAUGUUCUUCAAGGGAUUCAUAUUAUUACAUUUCAAUUCUGUGCAUAACUUUGUCAUUGCUUGCACCAUGUGCUCCUCUCUUUUACCUUCUAUUUUGUCAGCGUGCCUAUGUGACCUGUGUAUUGAUCUUGAGCUUAUUUCUCAUUCAUUUGGUUUCAGUUUCAGUGAAAACAUUAUCACCGAUCCUGGUUUUGUGGAUAUAUUUCCAGCCUCACAAAUUCCGAAACAUAUGCAACAUCUUCUUAAGCCCAUUUAUCGCACCAUGACUGGUGCAUCAAAGGAACCACUAGGAUCAAGAGAUACGGUAAAAGAAAAGGGAUUCCGUGUGACAACAGAUCCGGGUACUCUAUCCUCUAUACUGAAAUGGGCAUCAGAUGCUGAGUUCUUGGAAUAUUUUGGGAUUUCUUUACAGGUCAGGAAACAAUCAUACAUAUCAGGAAAUUCAGUUCCGCGUGCAAACCUUGGUGUCCUUGAUAAGCUUAUUGCAGCUCGUCAUGAGCUUGCAGAGAUAAUGGGGUAUAAAUCUUACGCUCAAUUUGCAGUUCAUCCGAAUAUUGCAUCAUCACGAGAUGUUGUGAUGCCCUUUUUGCUUGAUUUAAGCAAGAUUAUUAUGCAUAAGGCUGAUGAGGAGUUUAAGGCAAUUAGGGAUUUCAAGAGGAAAAUAUGCAAUGAAGAUUGUGCAGACUUGGAGCCAUGGGAUGAAGCUUAUUUCACGGGAAUGAUGAAGUCUUCUACCUUCAACUUAGACUCCUCCGCAAGUUGAACCAUUGUUGUUUCAUGAACUUUACUUGCUUUCUUGUGGCACAACUCCUUGCGUGAUUUGAGCCUUCGAUGUCUUUUCAAACCAAACUUGAAAACCCAAACCUAAAUCAGAUCCCG